AUGGAGGGCACCCUGGAGCCGGACCCACCUGUGGAUGCUGGUGGGGAUGAGUGGCCCAAGUGGCACAACAAGCUCCAGUGCCUCCUGAGCUGCGUCGGGUUUGCCGUGGGCCUGAGCAACCUCUGGAGGUCCCUGUACCUGUGCCAGACCUACGGGGGAGGAGCCUUCCUCAUCCCCUACCUCAUCGCCCAGCCUUCGAGGGCAGCCUGCUUCCACAUCGAGCUUGCCGUCGGCCAGCGCCUGCGCAGGGGCAGCCUCAGGGUGUGGAUGGUCAUCUCACCCUACCUGGGCGGCGCAGGGCUCGGCGGCUUCGUCACAUCUGUCCUGGUCAGCAUGCACUGCGACACGGUCCUGGCAUGGGUGCUGUGGCACCUCCCCAACUCCUCCCACCCGCUGCACUGGAGCGCCUGCCCGCCGGACCUCAACCACACGGGCUUUGUGCUGGAAUGCCGGGACAGCAGCGCUGUGAGCCUCUUCCGGUACCGGCAGACACUGAACAUCACAGCCGACACCAACGACAGUGGCUCUGUCCGGUGCUGGCUGCUGGUCUGCUUGACGGCCUCCUGGGCCAUGGCGUACCCGUGCGUCAUCAGGGGCACUGAGAGUACUGGGAAGGCAAUUUUUUUCAUGGCCUUGUUCCCGCACCUGCUCCUCUCGGUUUUCCUCAUCAGAGGACUCCCCCUGCCUGGGGUGACGGAAGGACGGACCUACCUAUUUGCGCCCGACAUGCAGGUCCUGCAGAGCCCCCGGGUGUGGCUGGAUGCAGCCACCCAGAUAUUCUUUUCUCUGUCCCUGGCCUUCGGAGGAAACAUCACUUUUGCAAGUUACAACCCGCCCAGGAACAACUGUAAGAGGGACGCGGUGACCUUCGCCCUGGUCAACGGCAUGACCUCCCUCUGUGCGCCCAUUACUGUCUUCUCUGUCCUGGGGUUCAAGGCGGCCAGCGACCACGGGCGCUGACUGGACGGAAACAUCCUCUGUCUCAUCAACGCCUUCAGUCUCCCCAACCAGAGCAUCUCCAGGGAGGACCACGCGGCUGCCCUCGCGUGCCUUCACUCCACCUGGCCCGAGCGGGUGGGGCUCCCCCUGGAGGCCUGCUGCCUGGAGGACUUCCUGGAUAAGAGCGCCCCGGGCACAGGCCUGGCCUCCAUCGUCGUCACGGAGGCCCUCCACAUGCCGGGGGCCCCCGUCUGGGCCGUGUUCUUCUCAGGGAUGCUGUUCAGCCUGGGCCUGACGUCCACGCUCAGGAACAUGGAAAGCGUCGUCACACCACCCUUGGACUUGAACGCCACGCCCAGAUGGGUCCCCAAGGAGGCCCUGACAGCCGCCUGCUUCACGCUGCGGGCGGGAAACUACUGGCUCGAGAUCUUUGACCGCUACGUCGCUUCCCUGGACCUGAACCUCUUCCCGUUCUCCGAGGUGGCUGGUGUCAUUUAUGUUUAUGGGAUGAAACGGUUCUGUGACGACAUAGCGUGGAUGACUGCGCGGCCCGGCCUCUACUGGCAGGUGACCUGGAAGGCUGUCAGCCCCCUGCUGCUGCCGACCACCUUUGUGGCCUACAUUGCCCUCCGCCAGCUCACCCCGGGCUGCAAGGCCUGGAACCCCCAACACUUCCCCUCGGGGCAGGAGAAGGCCUGCCCGGGCUGGGUGUGGGCCACCUGCGCGCUCCUGUCCUUCCUGCCUGCACUGUGGGUCCCGGUGGCCCCGCUGCUCACCCGGCACAGACAGAAGCGGCAGGACAGGCGUCCGAAGCUGCACGGCGCUGACAAGUACCACGGUGAGGCCAGGCAUGCAUGA